UUCGUCGUGACCCAUAUGAGAGAAUGGAAAAAAAUAGAACGGGAAGAACCAAAACUCCUUCCUUUCCUCUCCCCUCUCUCUCUCUCGCUCUCUCCCCACCUUCGCCCUCUGGAUUGGAUCCUCUCCUUUCGAUUCGCUCGAUUUUAAUCGGUAUCUGGAUCGAAUCGAUAGAAUUAUAGUCUUCCCCUUCGAUCCAGCUUCAACUCGGACCUCUUCUGGCCUUUUUUGGUGCAGAAACGAGGAAAAAAAAAGCACGAGCAUCGGCUGGCGGUCCUUGGAAUUCUUGGCCUCCGUGGACGUCCCGGCGCUUUAGAUGAUGUUUAAGUAUCCAAACCUAUGGAGUUGAUUUGUGCAUUGAGAAUCCCUCAUCAGAAGACACACGAUAGCCAAUAAUAGUAAGUGUUGCUACGUCACUGCAGGCAGUUUUCAAUUGUCUAGAAUAGUGCUUUCAUGAUCUUGUUGCUGUCAAAAUGGACUGCAGCUUGAACUCCCUUUCCUGCUUAAGCUUGGGGCACUGCAAGUUCGGGCAGUGCCCAAUGGACACCACUACCAGCGAAGCCACUCCUUCAAUAACCUUCCACACUAUCGUAGACCAGCCACUCUCUCUCGUCUCUCCAUUGCAGCAAGCCUUCCAGCGUGUGCAGCGCCACUGCUUUGGUGACUCCACCCCAGGGGAAUUCCCCUUGGCGGCAAACCCCUCCAUUGUCCUGCAUGUCCUCACUGCUUGCAAUUUGGAUCCUCAGGAUCUUGCUAAUCUAGAGGCAACAUGUACAUUUUUCAGGAAGCCUGCCAAUUUUGCUCCUGACUUCGAAUUGUCUAUAUCGGAGCUAGCAGCAUUGGACAUGUGCCAAAAAAGGGCCAUCUUUAAGCCUAUGAAAAAUGAGGAAAGAGAAUAUCUUAAGCAACGCUGUGGGAGCUCCUGGAAAUUGGUUCUUAGGUACUUAUUGGCAGGUGAGGCCUGUUGCCGGAGAGAGAAGUCUCAGGCGAUCGCUGGGCCUGGCCACAGCAUUGCCGUGACUUCAAGCGGGGCAGUCUACUCCUUUGGAUCCAACAGCUCCGGGCAACUUGGCCUUGGCACGUUAGAAGAGGAGUGGAGGCCGCGUCUUAUCAGAUCACUGCAAGGCAUUCGAAUCAUACAAGCAGCAGCUGGAGCUGGACGGACAAUGCUGAUAAGUGAUGCUGGACAGGUUUAUGCAUUUGGCAAAGACUCCUUUGGAGAAGCAGAGUAUGGAGUUCAAGGUUCGAAGGUUGUAACAACACCGCAGAUAGUAGAAUCAUUGAAGGGCAUAUACAUUGUUCAAGCGGCUAUAGGGAACUUCUUCACUGCGGUCCUAUCUCGAGAGGGAAGGGUUUACACGUUCUCUUGGGGUAAUGAGACAAAACUAGGUCACCAGACAGAACCAAAUGACCAUGAGCCCCGUCUUCUCUUAGGCCCUCUUGAGAACAUUCCAGUGGUGCAGAUUGCUGCUGGCUACUGCUACCUGUUAGCAUUGGCAUGUCAACCGAGCGGCAUGUCUGUGUACUCCGUUGGCUGUGGUUUAGGAGGGAAGCUUGGGCACGGAUCUAGGACUGACGAAAGGUACCCAAAGUUGAUCGAGCAAUUUCAGACUUUGAACCUGCAACCUAUGGUGGUUGCAGCAGGUGCCUGGCAUGCUGCUGUUGUGGGACGGGAUGGACGGGUAUGCACCUGGGGAUGGGGACGUUAUGGCUGCUUGGGUCAUGGGAAUGAGGAGUGUGAGUCUGUACCCAAGGUGGUGGAAGCCUUGAGUAACAUCAAAGCUGUCCAUGUUGCAACCGGCGAUUACACCACCUUCGUGGUUGCUGAAACAGGGGAUGUCUACUCAUUCGGGUGUGGAGAAUCCUCGAGUCUGGGACACUCCACUGGUGCUGAUGGACAGGCCAACAGACAUACAAAUGUUCUCAGCCCGGAGUUAGUCACCUCGCUAAAGAAAAUCAAUGAGAGGGUAGUGCAGAUUAGUCUCACAAACUCGAUAUAUUGGAAUGCGCAUACAUUUGCUCUUACAGACUCUGGAGAGCUGUAUGCAUUUGGAGCUGCGGACAAGGGACAGCUUGGCAUUGAACUUGUUGGACAACAGAAUGAGAGAGGGACUCCAGAGCGUGUCGACAUUGAUCUUAGUUAGUUCCCAUGGAAUACUGUUCUUUAUCUUGUUCAUUCCAAAAGGCUUCUUUCAAUUUCAUUCGGCACCAUGGCUUCUCUCUCUGUCCUCUCAUACCGGUGCCAAUAACCAUGAUCAUGCUCAUCAAGGUGACUCAUCCAAAGCAUCUCGUGUUCGUAUGCCAUGACCAUUUAAAAUUCUUGUCCAUAUGUAAAUAUGAAAAAAAAAAACCCUGUUCAAUGCAUGAUCGAGCUAGAAGCAGGGCCCAGGUGAAGCACUUGGAUCUCUUGAACAUUUAUAGCUGACAUGCAAUUGAUUGGUUUUAAAUUCAAAGUGUGCAAAUUAAUUCAAUGUCUUCAUGUCAUUGCUGGAAGAAUGCCAUUGUGA